CGCCGCUCCCCUCCCCCACCCCGAGUUUCAGGUGAAUGGGUCACCGAGGGAGGUGACCGCGCCGCGCCACGCCUGCCAGCGAGCGCCCACCUCCCGCUCCCUCCUUCCCAGCGCGAGUCCGGGGCGCGCGAGCAGAGCGCACAGGAGUCCGCGGGGGCCACAGAUUAUUGCCUUAUUUUGAGAGCCACCAAGACGUUGCUCAUCCUAAAGAUCAGGUGACCAGUGAGCCGACACCAUCAUGUCAUCGAGGCCUUUUGAAAGUCCACCUCCCUAUAGACCUGAUGAAUUCAAACCAAAUCAUUAUGCACCAAGCAAUGACAUAUAUGGUGGAGAAAUGCAUGUUCGGCCGAUGCUGUCUCAGCCCGCGUAUUCUUUUUACCCAGAAGAUGAAAUCCUUCACUUCUACAAAUGGACCUCUCCUCCGGGAGUGAUUCGGAUUCUGUCUAUGCUCAUUAUCGUGAUGUGCAUUGCAGUGUUUGCCUGUGUUGCCUCCACACUUGCCUGGGACAGAGCCUAUGGAACUGGCCUUCUAGGAAGUGGCAUGGGCUACCCUUACGGAGGAAGUGGCUUUGGUAGCUAUGGCUAUGGCUAUGGUUAUGGCUACGGUUAUGGCUAUGGGGCAGGCUAUACUGAUCCAAGAGCGGCCAAGGGCUUCCUGUUGGCCAUGGCUGCCUUUUGUUUCAUUGCUUCAUUGGUGAUAUUUGUUACCAGUGUUAUAAGAUCAGAACUGUCCAGAACAAGGAGAUAUUACUUGGCUGUAAUAAUACUGAGUGCCAUCCUGGGCAUCAUGGUGUUUAUUGCCACGAUUGUCUAUAUAAUGGGUGUCAAUCCUACUGCCCAGGCAUCUGGAUCUAUGUACGGCUCACAGAUAUAUACACUCUGUAGCCAGUUCUAUGGACCUGCAGUUAGUAGCCUCUACGUGGACCAAUAUUUGUAUCACUACUGCGUGGUGGAUCCCCAGGAGGCUAUUGCCAUUGUGCUGGGGUUCCUGAUUAUGGUGGCUUUUGCUUUAAUAAUUUUCUUUGCUGUGAAAACACGAAGAAAGAUGGACCGGUAUGAUAAGUCUAAUAUUUUGUGGGACAAAGAACGCAUUUAUGAUGAGCAGCCCCCCAAUGUUGAAGAGUGGGUUAAAAAUGUGUCCGCGGGCACGCAAGACAUGGCUCCGCCCCCGUCUGACUAUGUGGAGAGAGUUGACAGUCCCAUAGCAUACUCUUCCAAUGGCAAAGUGAAUGGCAAACAGUCCUAUCCAGAAUCUUCCUAUAAAUCCACACCCUUGGUACCUGAAGUGGUGCAGGAGCUUCCGCUGACCUCCCCUGUGGAUGACUUCCGGCAGCCUCGGUACAGUAGCACCAGUAACCUGGAGACACCUUCAAAGAGAGCUCCCGUGAAGGGAAAAGCAGGCAAGCCGAAGCGAGCAGAGCAGGACCACUAUGAAACAGACUACACAACCGGCGGCGAGUCCUGCGAUGAGCUGGAGGAGGACUGGAUCAGGGAGUAUCCACCCAUCACUUCAGAUCAGCAAAGACAGCUCUAUAAGAGAAACUUUGACAGUGGCCUUCAGGAAUACAAGAGCUUACAAGCAGAACUUGAUGAGAUCAACAAAGAACUUUCUCGUUUAGAUAAAGAAUUGGACGACUAUAGAGAAGAAAGUGAAGAGUACAUGGCUGCUGCAGAUGAAUACAACAGACUAAAGCAAGUUAAACGAUCAGCAGAUUACAGAAGUAAGAGGAAUUACUGCAAACAACUGAAGAGCAAAUUAUCACACAUCAAGAAGAUGGUUGGGGACUAUGAUAGACAGAAAACAUAGAGAGCAGAUGCCACAGUGCUGGGACAGUGAAGGAGUCUGGGGUCUCAGUGAUGUUCUCGCAAGGCAAACGACUGGACCAGGAAGCCAAAGCUUGGUUAUCUUUGUUAUCGUUACAGAGUUUUGGUAGCUUUUAUAUCAUCAGUAUUGCAGCAUUUUAUAGCUUUUGUUAAUUAGUUGGGCUGAACACUCCAGUUAAAGAUUUUGUGCUUAAACAUUGGU